AUGAAGUUCUCUCUCGCUAUUGCUGCUCUAACUGCUGCCUCUGUUGUUGUUGCUCAACAGCCAAUUUCUCAAAUUGGUGACGGUCAAAUCCAGGCUACUACCGGUACUGAACCACCUAAGGUUCCAGUGACCAAGUCUUCGUCUACUCCAGCCAGCUCAGCACCUCCAGCCAGCUCAGCCCCACCAGCCAGCUCCACUCCACCAGCUGUUGCCACCCAGUCUGUCAACGCUGGUGUUCAGUUGGGUUCUGGUGCGCUAGGUGCCGGUGUUUUGGCUGCUGGUGCUUUGUUGGUCAUCUAG